AUGAGGCAACAGUCAUCCCCGCCUGGUGCUGGAAGAGGAGGCCGUCUAAACUCCGACCGCCCAACAUCAAUCUUCACCUUCUCCGACCCCGUCCGAUCAAGGCCACGGCCCGACCCGACCUCUUCCUCCAAAGAGCCACCGCCAAACAAUGAAAUGCGCACCCUCUUCAACGGGCACAUCAAAUUGCGCGGUCGAAAUGACAAUCUGCCUCAAAAAUGGUGGCCUGCUUCCACCGCCAUCCCUCUCCUCGUUGCCACCAUCGGUCCGCUCUCCCACGUGUUGUCCAUUGCCUCCCUAGUGACCACCUGGAAAGUGACCCUUCCCAACUCCGGCAGUUUACCCGAGGGAAAGGAUGACAAUGGGAUCGGCAUCCCGGACCCAAAGUGGGAGAUCAACGCCAACAUCGUUUCGCUGAUAUGUGGAUUUGCGGGAAAUUUCUUCUUGUUGCUGAACUUUACAGGGAGGGUGAGGGCAUUUCUCGUACCUUUCCAGACUCUCGGUCUUCUGUUUCUCGGUCUGGUCAUCUCCAGCAUCAGCCGAUUCGCCGCCAACGUCUCGGCCGACAAGAUCAUCAAGCGACAUCAGGAACACUCGAGACGGUCGACGGUGGGCAUGUCAGUGACGAAUGAGAAGGAGCUGAGAGAGAAGUUGGGUUUGCCGCCCAAAAGAAAGGUGAGCAACGCAAGGAGGCAAAGUGAAGGGAGGAGGGCGUUCAGUGCGAGGAGGUCAUCGUUGGCGCAGUAUGGUCGGUUGGUGGUUGCGGGCAGGUUGGUCACUUUUCGGCGGCAUUCUCGGGCUGGGGUCGGUGGUGCAAGCGAGGGCCAUCUAGUCGAGAGGGCUGCUGACGCAAAAGGGGGAGAGAAUGAGAAUAGAACCAAAGAGGAGGAGGCAAGGCAAAAGAUGCUGAAAUUUGACUCUAAUAAUGAUAAGGGGAAGGGGACUGAGGAGAUUACGAGAAAUGGCAGCGGCGAGAAAUUUUCCCCACAGGACAAGAGAAAGGAAAGAAGACAGAAACUAUUGCUUUUGAAGGAAGACAGGGAUCGGUUCGAAACCAUGAGGCAAAUCCAAGACGAGACCAAGCGAUGGAAGCAAUAUGGCGACAUUACUCCCAAGUCCAACAUCGGCAAGCCGUUUUUUAUCGUCUGGUCUCUGAUUGCCGUACCAAUCGUCACCGUUCUCUUCCAAGAGAUGUCGUCCACCGUCGUCAGAGCCGUCAACCGUGGUGCAUUCAAGGUAGCUGACUGGACCAUCAUGCCGACGUCGAAGCGUGGAGUGCUAGACAAGUACAUCCAGAAACAUCCUUGGCUGCAAAAAUUUGUCGGUAAAAGACAGGACGCGGAAGAGCCCUCAUGUGACGAUGGCGCGGGCACUGAACAGCCAAGAAACCUAGUCGGGCCAGCUGAGGGUGCUGACGAACAGGAAGAGGACCUUCCCUCGCUGCUCUCCCAAACUAUCAAGUCGAUAGCGCAUGACCUCCGCUUCUCCCCUCAAAAGCGGUACUCGUACGAAGAAUGGCAGCUCUUUACCCAGCUGAUUCAGUUUACCCAGAGAGAAGAUGACAGUCGGAUGACAUGGGACUGGCUGAGUGAAGAUUCUCCGCUGCUGGCGGACAUCACUGAAGCGGAGUGGGUGUUGGAUCGCUUGUGCGAGUCACUUGACAGGUAUACCCGCUCCAGUUCCCAUCAGUGCGAGGUCAUGGAUGCAGAACUAGAUCCGCUGCGUAUUGAGAUAGAGCAGGGACCGCUUAAUAACAGAAAAGAGGAAAGUGAAAGAGGGAGAAGAAACCGGAACGUCUCACCAAGCUAA